UUUUCCGUUUGAGACUUGACUUGCGAUUAGAUUAGAGUUAGAUUCUUGAAUUGAUUAUUCAAAUUUGCGUGGCUUAUUUAUACUCAUUGUACUCUUCUUUCUUGAAUUAUUUAUGCACACACCAUUUUAAAAUUCAACCUGGUUUCGAUGAUUAGAAUUUGUUUUUGUGUUUUCUCUGCUUUAUUAAAGCUGAGUGCAGUGAAUAAACAAUGCAGUUGUGGAAUCGGAGGAAUAAUUUCUUCUCUCCUUUUCCCCCUUUGCCUCUGAUUUUAUCAUCAUUCUUACCAUAUGCUCUUAUUGGUGUGGUGGUAAUGUUUUUUGUUCAGUAUGCACUAAAAGAGAAAAAAUUAUUAUUAAUCAAAAACAAAAAACAAGGAGGCGCCGAGAAGCUAUAUAGAGAAGAAUCAAUCUUGCAUUAUAGAAGCUAUUACAUUAUACUAAGCUAUUCUUGGUUAGAUUUUGCGUUUUUGCUCCUAAAAAAGAAGUGAAAAACAAGAUUGGUUUAAGGAAAGGCAGUAAAUUUUUUUAAGCUUUGUUUGGUCGAAUGGCUUCAAAUGCUACUGCAGGGCAUAAAUGCCCAUCUCCAAUGAAGCCUACUUCGAAUGGUGUAUUUCAGGGUGAUAAUCCUCUGGAUUUUUCUCUCCCUCUGAUUAUUCUGCAGAUCUGUCUCGUACUUGUACUCACUCGGGCUCUUGCUUUUCCUUUAAGACGUCUAUUAAGGCAGCCACGUGUAAUUGCAGAGAUCAUUGGAGGAAUUUUACUCGGGCCUUCUGCUCUAGGUCGAAGUGAGAAAUUUUUGCAUGCUGUGUUUCCACCCGAGAGUCUUCCAGUGUUAGAUACCCUCGCAAACAUUGGCCUCAUUUACUUUUUGUUUCUUGUGGGGUUAGAGCUAGAUUUUAAAUCCAUUAGUCAAACUGGUAGAAAGGCCCUUGCAAUUGCUAUAGCAGGAAUUAGCGUACCUUUUAUUAUGGGAAUUGGUUCUUCAUUUAUUCUUCGAUCAACAAUCUCUAAAGGUGUAAAUGGUACCUCCUUUCUUCUAUUUAUGGGUGUAGCAUUGUCCAUUACUGCCUUUCCUGUCCUGGCUCGCAUUUUAGCUGAGCUGAAGCUUUUGACAACUGAUGUUGGCAGAAUGGCUAUGUCAGCAGCAGCAGUUAAUGAUGUGGUUGCAUGGAUUCUUCUUGCUCUUGCCAUUGCUCUGUCUGGGUCUAACCAAUCUCCCAUUACUUCGCUUUGGGUUUUGUUAUGUGGGUGUGGCUUUGUCAUUUCGACAACUUUCAUUGUGCCGCCGAUCUUCAAAUUGAUAACUCGCCGCUGCCAUGAAGGUGAGCCGGUCGAAGAAACAUAUGUAUGUGCUACCUUAGCCGCUGUUCUGGUAGCUGGUUUAAUUACUGAUGCUAUUGGAAUUCACGCCAUGUUUGGUGCUUUUGUAAUCGGAGUUCUUGUCCCAAAGGAAGGGCCGUUUGCAGGUGCUCUUGUUGAAAAAGUUGAAGAUCUUGUAUCUGGUCUCUUUCUACCACUGUACUUUGUGUCAAGUGGACUGAAGACAAAUAUAGCCACAAUUAGUGGACUGCAAUCUUGGGGCCUGCUGGCUUUGGUCAUUUUUACUGCUUGUUUCGGGAAGAUCGUUGGCACUUUUCUGGUGUCACUUGCGUGCAAAUUGCCUCUGCGUGAGAGUUUAGCAAUGGGGUUUCUGAUGAAUACUAAAGGCUUAGUGGAGCUUAUUGUACUCAACAUUGGUAAAGAUAAAAAGGUUUUGAAUGACCAGACUUUUGCUAUCAUGGUACUAAUGGCUCUCUUCACAACCUUCAUCACGACACCUCUUGUUAUGGCUGUCUAUAAGCCGGCAAGAAAAUCCAGGACGGCUGAUUACAAACAUAGAACUAUUGAAAGGAAAAAUUCAAAUACACAACUUAGGAUUUUGGCAUGUUUCCACAGCAUAAGAAAUAUUCCGUCAACGAUAAAUCUUCUUGAAGCCUCACGUGGAGUUCAGAAGGCUGAAGGACUGUGCGUAUAUGCAAUGCACCUCAUGGAACUCUCUGAGAGGUCAUCUGCUAUACGAAUGGUCAACAAGGCUAGAAAAAACGGGUUACCUACAUGGAAUAAAAGCCAGAGGUCAGAUUCUAAUAAUGUCAUUGUGGCAUUUGAGGCUUUUCGUCAACUGAGCCAGGUAACUGUCCGUGCAAUGACAGCGAUCUCUUCAAUGUCUAAUAUUCAUGAGGACAUUUGCACCACUGCUGAGAGUAAGAUAGCUGCAAUUGUUAUUCUUCCAUUUCAUAAACAUCAGAGAUUAGAUGGCUCAUUGGAGACUACUCGAAUUGACUUUCGAUGGGUUAACCAGAGAGUUCUUGAGCAUGCUUCAUGCUCAGUAGGUAUUUUAGUCGAUCGGGGGCUUGGUGGAACCUCUCAUGUUCCUGCAAGUGAUGUCUCUUAUCAAAUCACAGUUCUUUUCUUUGGCGGGCCUGAUGACCGUGAAGCUCUUGCUUAUGGGGCUCGAAUGGCUGAACACCCCGGGAUCAGUUUAAUGGUUGUUCGCUUUUUAGUGGCACCCGACAUUCAGGGGGAGAUUACCCAAGUUAACAUGGAAGGUUUUUCAAAAAUUGAAUUGAAAUCCCGGGAUGAAGAGUUCCUUUCAGAAUUUAAGCGGGAAACAUCCAAGGACGGUUCUGUAAAAUAUGAAGAGAGAGCCAUUGAAAAUGCUGCAGAAGCUAGGGAUGUGAUCCGUGAAGUUGGUCACUGCAAUCUUUUGCUCGUUGGACGAAUGCCUGAAGGUGAAAUAGCUAUAGCUUUAAACAUAAGGAAUGACUGUCCAGAAUUGGGACCGGUAGGCAGCUUACUUGCUUCAUCUGAUUUCUCAACAACAGCAUCAGUUUUAGUCAUCAAACAAUAUAACAGUCAGGUAUCUUUAGAUUUGGCUGUGCUUACGGAUGGUCAGGAGAGCAAAGAUUCAGAGUCGAAUUGAUUUCCUUCUGUUUUUCAAAUUCAAACCUGGCUAGGUACAUUGAUGGAAUAAACCUUUUUCCCCUUUUUUAUGAUACAAUGAAAAUUUUAAAAGAAGGAAAAAGAGAUUCCAUGAGUCGAAGACUUAUCUUUGCAAUAUAGAGAACCGUAUUCUACCAUUAGCUAUUGGUUUUAUUAAUAUAUUAGUUCUACGUAGAGUUUUUAAAUUCUGUAAUUAGGAAGCAGCUGCAAACAUAAUAUAACAAAUUUUCCAGCAUACGAAUUUUAGCUUUAUGUCCUUGUUUUGUUUCUUUAUAAUCUAUUCUCACUUGAUGGCAAUAUGAACAGCAAGAAGGUGAGUUAAUGUGAAUUAUUUGUAUCAGUUGACCUUAA